AUGAAUGCUGGAUAUCAGUUAUGUUAUGGAUGGCUAUUCUCAGCAAUUGUUCUCUGGUUCAAAUGGGAACACAAUUUCGCAUACCCUUGUCAUCAGUCUGUCAAAACUUGUGAGAAGGCUGGUAUUGUGCUGUCAUGCUUGCUCAUCAAAUAUUGGGCAUUAGGCCAUACAUUUGAUGCACUGAAUGCUAUAUGGCAUGGAAAUCCUCGAUGGCAGCCCAACCAUUAUGUGAGUGCUUUAUGCCUGCAACAGCCAUUGACGUGGAUCAUUGAGCUCCUACACCAUAAGGUAACAUGUAGCAACUUUCUGGUAACUUGGGUUUGUCUUAGUGAGCGGCGCCACAUAUUGGAGUCCGGUGGCUGUUCUCAUACAGUCCAACUGUCCAAGGACGGUGGGUUGAAGAACCAAUAA